CUUAGAAGUGUGCUAUGGCCGUGGCGUCUCCUCGGGCUUUGAACGCAGCACGGUGACGACACACGCCGCGGUCACGUGACGCCUUCACCUGUUUUCCCAACCUGUUUAUCCCCUCGCUUGGGGCCUAGCAGACACAAACAAGGAAGUUCAAGCUGUCGCUCGGCCGGCUCAGAAUAAAUGACGCCUCGUGCGCUUGGUCGCCGACCCUGAAAGGCGAUUAAAUUCUGAUGUUGACCUGCUGACGCUCCUACCUCGUUUUUUUGUGGGCAGUAAACGGGAUAAAGUAGCCUCAGUGACAAGAUGAACAUCUCCGUGGGCGACAUGGACGCGUCGGCGGAGAACACUUCCAUCGUCCACCUGACCGCCCCCAUCCUCCCGGACGGGGCGGACGUCUCCAACAUGACCAUCAUUCGCACGGCCAACGGCACCAUCCUGCAGGACCGAAUAUUUCUGAGCACCAUGGCUGCUCGUGCCCUCUCCGGCAUCUUUGUCUGGGCCGCCUUGCUCAUCACGUGCCACCAGAUCUACACGCACCUGCGCUCAUACACGGUGCCCAACGAGCAGCGCUACAUCAUCCGCAUCCUCCUCAUCGUGCCAAUCUACGCCUUCGACUCUUGGCUCAGCCUGCUGUUCAUCACCAACAACCAGUACUACGUGUACUUCGACUCGGUUCGAGAUUGCUACGAGGCAUUCGUCAUUUAUAAUUUCCUGAGUCUGUCCUUUGAAUACCUGGGAGGAGAGAGCGCAAUCAUGUCCGAGAUUCGAGGGAAGCCUAUACAGUCAAGCUGCCUGUAUGGAACCUGCUGUCUGAGUGGAAUGAGUUACUCCAUUGGAUUUUUAAGAUUUUGCAAACAGGCUACUCUUCAGUUCUGCAUCGUCAAACCCAUCAUGGCGGCCAUAACCAUCAUCCUGCAGGCUUACGGCAAAUAUCACGAUGGGGAUUUUAACGUGAACGGGGGAUACUUGUACAUCACAAUCGUCUACAACUUCUCGGUCAGCCUGUCCCUCUACGCCCUCUUCCUCUUCUUCUUCGCCACCAGCGACCUGCUCAGGCCAUACGAGCCGGUGCUCAAGUUCCUCACCAUCAAGUCUGUCAUCUUCCUGUCCUUCUGGCAAGGCAUGGUCCUGGCCAUUCUGGAACGCUGCGCCGUCAUUCCCAUCGCGCUCUAUAUCGACGGACAAGAGGUCGGCGCCGGCACGGUGGCCGCCGGCUGGCAGAACUUCAUCAUCUGCAUUGAGAUGUUCUUUGCCGCCAUCGCCCUGCGAUAUGCCUUCACCUGCACGGUCUACCAGGAGAAGAAGAAUGACGUGCCACAGAUCUUCCCAUCCAUGCAAAGCAUCUCCAGCGGUCUGAAGGAGACCAUCAACCCAGGCGACAUGGUGCAGGACGCUAUCCACAACUUCUCCCCGGCCUACCAGCAAUACACGCAGCAGUCCACGCAAGAGGUGGUGCCGCCUUGCGCCAACGGGAAAGUCGCCUCCAACGCCAACAAGGUCUCCCGCAAGCCGGACAAAGUCGUGCUGAUCAUGUCCGAUGACGAGUUCUAAGAUGCCUGCUUCAGGUGCGUGCGUCCUCAUCGCCGCUUGCCUCCCCGCCCCCCGGGAAAGCGGAUGUACUGUAUCUCCGGGUGCAAACACUGGAUUGUAUUUUAUUUUCACCAGCACAGUGUCGAGCAGUGACUGCUUUGUACGAAUGCACAUUUGAAAGGAUGAACCAGUUUUUACUUGGCAACAUGAGAUUUUGCCUUUUUGGCCUUAUAAAAUUGAUCUUUGUGAAAUUAGACAAGCAAAAAGUAUGACUCCAGGAGUGUGGCAGCCACCCAGUAGGACUGCAUCUACCCCCCUUCAUUUUAAUUUUUUUUAAUUAUUAUUAUUAUUUUUUUUAAAUGAUUCAAGAAACGUGCAAGUUCCAGACAGACAUGCUGGUUUUGGAGCAGGUACUUCAAAAUGCACAAUAUUUUGCUGCAGAGGGUUUUUUUAUCUAUUGGCUGUGACUCCAUGUCACAGUGGGGAGUUGUAUUCAUUUGAAAUUGUCAACCAAGAUGGCGGGUUCUGUAGCAUCUGCACAAUUGUGAUUAUAUCUGGCAAAGCCUUUAAGUGUCAGGGUCACUAUUUAUAAUUCAUUUGAUUCUCUAUUGAAAUAUGUACAGAUUUGAUUGUACUGGAAUUCCAUUAUACACACAUCUCAAUAAAUUAUUAUAUUGUGGGAAAA